AUGAAGCAUAUCAGCAAAUCAAUAAGCUUCCUCCGAUCUUUUUCUUAUUUGUCCGCAUUCACCCCUUCGGCUAGAACGAGCAAUUUCACCCCUGCAUCUCAGGCGACUCUUAUAAAACGCACAAUGGCAACCGCAAUGGCAAAGCGCCUUGAAGGCAAGACAAUUGUGAUUACUGGCGCAUCGUCCGGAAUCGGCAGGAGUACCGCUAAGGAGUUUGCCCGGACGUCGCCGAAGGCCCUGAAGCUGAUCGUGACUGCGCGACGACUUGACUCUCUGAAGCAGCUGGCCGAGGAGAUCAAGGAGGAGGUCGGUGAUGGUGUCAAGGUGCUGCCAGUGAAGCUGGACGUCAGCAAUCCGGAAGAGGUCAAGAACUUCGUCCCGUCCCUUCCAGCGGAGUUUCAAGAUAUUGAUGUGCUGGUCAACAAUGCUGGUCUGGUCAAGGGUGUAGCCAAAGCCCCCGAAAUUGACCCUGAGGAUAUCAACGUCAUGUUUUCCACCAACGUCACUGGAUUGAUCAACAUGACUCAAGCCAUUCUUCCCAUCUUCAAGAAGCGCUCCGAUGGUGGUCGUGGAGACAUCAUCAACAUUGGCAGUAUCGCCGGUCGCGAAGCCUACCCUGGUGGUAGUAUCUACUGUUCUACUAAGGCUGCGGUCAAGUCGUUUACCGAUGCCCUGAGGAAGGAGCUUAUUGAUACGAGAAUCCGCAUCAUCGAGAUCGAUCCCGGUCAAGUUGAGACGGUAAGGUGCCUGGAUCUAAGAGAUAGGAACCGAGCUAACAUCGAGCCUUCCGCAGGAAUUCUCAAUUGUGCGGUUCUACGGUGA